CCACUGGCACAGGGUUCAAAACUCCCGACCGUUGGACUAUCUCCUUCCCUUCCCCAACGUUCUUCUCCCCCCUCUCCCAUCGUCUCCCCACUCCCAAUCAUCAAACAAACAAUAUAGACACCACGACAUUCGCGGAGAGAGAGAGAGAGAGAGAAGAGAAACCCUACCUCGUGCGCUCCUAACCCUAGAAUCCCGCCCAUCCAUGGCGACGGAGACGAAACCCUCCUCCGGGACGACGGCCGCGGUGGCGGCGCCGCAGUUCCAGGUUGACGAGGCGUACGAGUACCGCGCACCCAAGUACUUCGACUUCGUCACCGACGAGACGGAGGACGACGUCCGCGCCGCCGAGCGCUGGUUCGAGGCCAGCGCCAGCCACGCGCCCUCACCGUUCGCCCCGAGGAUCAAGGAGUCGAGGGCGGAGGUCAAGAUCGAUGGACUCUGCGACUUCGCGGACGCGGAGGAGCCUGCUCCGGCGACGAAGAAGGAAGCGACGGAGGCCGCGGCAGUCAACAACACCAAUCCGGCAGGGGAUGUUGAUGGUGUGGCUGCUUGUCCUGAUGCCAUGUUGGAGUCGCCGCCAACGGUAGAGGAGGAGAAAGCGUCGUCCAAGUCUUUCGAGUUUCCCCUGUCGAAAGACUUGGUUGCCAAAUCAGCUGAUGGUGGGUCUAGCACACCUAAUAUUCGGAGGCAGCCUCCACCUGUGGAGAUUGUCGUCACUGCUCCGCCUGCCCGUGUCAAGUCAACAGUGAAGACCGAAGCGUGCACUCCAAAGGUUCAGGCUAACGCAUCCAAGGGAGGUUUGACAGACUCAAAGAUCAUGCAAACGUCUGAUCUGAAGCAGUCUUCGCUGAGAGUCAAGAAAAGUGUGAUCAAGGGUGCUUGUGAUUCGGUGGCCAGAAAGGCAUCUACUGCCGCAAAUGACAUUGCGCAGGAAAAUCAGGCUGUGAAGAGGCAAAAAUUAGAAGAUGGAAGGACUAGAGAGAUACUGAACGUCAAGACCCGGUUGCUGCCGCACAAGGGAAGAGGUGGUUUAGCAGGAAGCACCGAGAUGACCCUGUCUUCCAUGAGGAUGAGGAAGCACCAUGAUGAUGCCCACUCGUUGAAGGAAGUGUCACCAUACAUUUCUGCAGCUGAGAUGGUCAAGAAGUUCGAGUCUGGGACCAGAGGUUCAGGCAACCACCCCAACAGAUCAAUGUCUCACGAGGAUGCAGGAACUGCAGUACAGAGAAAGCCCAAACUUGUGCUUACAAGGCCAAAGGAACCUGAGUUCCAGACUACCCACAGGGUCCGAGCAGUCAGAAUGAAGAGCUCUGCAGAGCUAGAGGAGGAGAUGCUUGCCAAGAUCCCGAAGUUCAGAGCACGGCCAUUUAACAGAAAAAUAGCUGAAGCUCCUUCAUUCCCUCCUCUUCCAAGGAAAGCUCCACAGUUACCUGAAUUCAACGAAUUCCACCUUAAAACGAUGGAAAGAGCGUCUCGACAUGCAGACACAUGUUCAGAAACUUCUUCUGUGGGAACUAUGCGCUUUCAGGGUAGUAAGACACUGAAAAUGACAGAAGCGAAACCACCACAACUUGAGACAGCACUGCGUGCCAGGCCAUCAAGGGUGAAAAGUUCUCAGGAAUUGGAACUCGAGGAAUUGGAGAAGGCCCCCAAGUUCAAGGCCAGGCCACUGAACAAAAAGAUCCUUGAGAGCAAGGGUGAUAUUGGUGUUUUUGCCCAUCCGAAGCCUCAGGCAACAGAGCCCAAGGAGUUUCAUUUUUGUACUGAUGAUCGCUUGGGUCCUCCUCCUGCAGUUAUGGAUCUUUUCGAUAAGCUUUCUCUGUACUCUGAAUCUACGUCGUAUAAUGACAAGAAAGAUGUGCCGAGAGUGACAAUCCCUAACCCAUUCAAUCUACAUACAGAUGAAAGAGGGCAUGAAAAGGAGAGGCAACUGGAGGCACAGCUAAUGCAGAAGAAGUUAGAGGAAGAGAAGGCCAGGAAAUUUAAGGCUAAUCCCUACCCCUACACCACAGACUAUCCAGUGGUACCACCAAAGCCUGACCCAAAGCCAUGCACACGCCCCGAAGGUUUUCAGCUGGAGAGCUUGGUGAGGCAUGAAUUGGAGCAGCAAAGAUUCAUGGAAGAAAGAGAGAGGAUGGAGAGGGAAGAGGCUCAGAGGAGACUUGUCAAGGCACAACCAAUACUGAAAGAGGAUCCUAUUCCUCUCCCAGAGAAGGAGCGGAAGCCUCUAACCGAAGUCCAGCAAUUUCAACUGCAUGUUGAUGAAAGAGCUGUACAGAGAUCAGAAUUCGAUACCAUGUUGAAAGAGAAGGAAAUUACUUACAAGAGGUUGAGAGAGGAGAAUGAAUUUGCACAGAAGAUCGAGGAAGAGAAGGCGCUGAAGCAGCUAAGGAGGACCUUGGUGCCACAAGCACGGCCUCUACCAAAGUUCGACAGACCCUUCCGUCCACAGAGGUCGAUGAAGCAGGUGACGAGGCCCAAGUCACCACAGCUCCAGGUGAAUGAAAGAGGCGCGAGAAGACAUGCCUUCAUUAGAUGAUCUCAUUCUCGACUGCGUCAUCUCAGUUGUACCUUUUGUUUUCUUCUCCUUUUUCCUGACGCCAAGAUCACCCCUCUCUAUCUUGGCACAUGGCGAGAUUGUUUCUGAUUAAUAUAUAGGGCCCAGAGUGAUUGUUGUUAUCAUUGUUUCUAGGCUUCAUGUUAUAAUAGUCAGUCGACACAGCUGACAGUGUGUGUAUAUUAAUUCCAGGUUGUGUUUAUUGUGUGUGACCUGUAAGUUCUGCUUAGCUAUCCAAUUGCUGCGUAACUGUGUUGGGGAACUGGAGUUUUGUUAUUGACUUGGUGUCUUGGUCAAUAAAACAAACAGACGUUGGUGUAGCGCCGUA